AUGGAAUACAGAAGAAGUUCCAUGGUUCUGAACCGAAAGCAACAAGCUAGUACAAACCCUCAGAUAUAUGCUAGCUUCGCUGGUGCUGGUGUCCUCCGGACCUCAAAUGGAAUUUUGGACGACAUGCCUACAAUGUGGUGGGAUGAGGACAGAAUCCAGGCUACCGUUACACGACAAUUCGUGUCAUCAAAAUUACGUCCAGACGAGCAAGAACGUCUAGACGAGCCAUUGGGUUUUGGUGAUGGUUUGACCGACGACACGUAUAUGGAAUGGAUUGAGGAGAAGGCGAAAAAGAUAUUCUUGAUCUUGGUGGACUUGGGUGUGCCAGAUCAAAUAUUUGGUGUCAUCGAUGAUUCUUGGGGCGAUGAUGAUUUACCAAUACCCAUGGACCAAGUUGGGAGACUACAAUUGACCUACGACAGAAACGAAAAGCUAGAGAAGAAGUUUUUCCAGCUCCAAUUUAACUAUCUACUAAGAUAUAAUGCUAAAGGCGAACACAUUUACUACGAUGAUGUAGAGGUUGUACCGCUGGAGCCAGUAGAAAAAAGACCCGCUGGAUCAGUAACUAGUCUCCUUCCGAAUAGUGUUGAUAAAGUCUAUUUACCUGGCAGACCAGACACUGUCUUUCUACGUCGACGGAUACCCUUGGGUACCUCGCCCGAACAAAUGCUGCAUGAAGAAUUUCUCUCGGGUAUUGAAUCCAUGAAAGGGGUCGAACAUGUACAUCUCACUUCAUUAUGGGCUUCUUAUAUCCACCAGGAUAAAGGCUACUUACUUCUGACUCCAGCAAACGUCAACUCGCUCAAAUCCUUUCUCACAAUAACUCCCCAAUCUUUCAAGAUUCUAGCCAAACAAGACCGCCGUAUUCGUAUCCUGAACUGGCUUCACUGUCUAGCCGGGGCUCUGUCCUUUCUCCACAAAAUUGGUCUUUCGCAUCGCAACAUCAAGCCAUCAAACGUGAUGCUCGACCUUGACAACCACAUCUUCCUAGGUGAUUCUGGCGUUUUCCCUACCCAAAUCCCUACUGGGGAGAAAUGUGGAUUUGAUAAAGAGACUUAUGAUUACUCCGCCCCAGAACAGAACCCUUGCACGAUGACUUCUACUUCUAGUCUACCCAAUACCCGGUCGGUACCAUCGCGACCACCGGCAUCUAGCAGGUCAGCGGGUGUCCCGAGUGAUUCCGUGUUCCAAACCGCUUCAAGGUCUUUACCAAAUGAUUCAUCAUCUAUUCGUACAACUUCAACUGGUUCGCAAUCAGAAGGCUCAGGUCCAAGACAGACUAGUAGAAACAGCAAAACAGGCAGACAUGACCCCCAGAAAGCUGAUAUCUUUUCUUUAGGGGCCAUCUUCAUCGAAAUCAUCACAUUUCUUAUGAAGCGAGCCACAAGAAAUUUUGCCUCGCACCGAUCAUCAAAAAAUAAAAGCCCGGGUCGCGGUGGUGGGAUUCCCGAUGCCAGCUUUCAUAAAAACUUGGGACAAGUAGAAAGCUGGAUGAAUACACUUCUCAAAGACGCCACAAAGAAGGAAGACAGAAUCUUUAGAGGCGUUUCUCAAUUAAUUGCGCUCUCCCAACGGAUGCUCGCGCCAGAUCCGAAUGAAAGACCAACAGCAGCUGAAGUUCAAGAAAGAAUUUACGCGAUUUUGACAGAGAAUUGUGGCCUAAAAGAUGAUCCCUCAGACGACAGUCCGGAAGGAGGAGAAAUGCAUUGUGAGACUCGAGUUACCGAAGAUCAGUGGAAUUUUGGAUUCGAUCAACUACGCCUAGCAAGUCAAAGAGCCGCGGCAGAAGCUUGCGCUUCGGUGGCGGGAAAUACGACGGGAAAUUUACCGCUCGGUAACGGAGGUGUAAUAUAUGGAGUGGAAAGGGUGGCAACGGUAGUGAACAACGGAGUCCCUCUUUCAUCAAUGGGAGGAAGAGAAGGAGAUCGCGUUAGCAUCAAUACGAAAACGAGCAGCGGAAAAAGUAGCGACGGGAAAGGCAAGGGCGCCGGGGAGGGAAAAGUAAGGCCUAAAGCUAAGGCUUGGCAAGCUCCUGUAUAUGCGGGUAAGUUCUCAUCGAGCGGUUAUCGUUCAUGCUAG